AUGGAGCUUCGCCCUGAAGAUCAUGUGUCUCGCCCACCAGUUACACAGCAUCUCGAUUGGCAUAUCAGCUCGGGUCUGCGCAGACCCGACGGCGUCCUGAAACAGGUUUAUCUGAUCAAUGAUCUCUUCCCCGGUCCCACCAUCGAAGCCCGCUCCGGGGAUACCCUCCUCAUUACCGUGACCAACGCGGUAAAGGAAGAGUCCAUUGCCCUCCAUUGGCAUGGCAUUCACGUGACCAAUGCCAUGGAUGGCGCAGCCGGGAUUUCACAAUGUCCAAUUGCUCCAACUGCGCAAUUUGUCUAUAAUAUCACUAUCCCGGCCGAUCAAAGCGGUACAUUUUGGUACCAUGCUCAUUCGGGUGUCUCGCGCGGGGAUGGUCUCUACGGCGGACUAGUUGUUCAUGCCCCCGCGGCCAAGACCACCGUACGAGGUUUGAUGUCGCGUGCUCGGGGUGAUGCCCAGCGAUUCCAUUACGAAAAGGAGCUUCUGCUGCUUGUCGGAGACUGGUACCACCGGCCAGCGAAGGAUGUCUUGGCUUGGUAUAAACUUCCUGGAAGUUUUGCCAAUGAGCCGGUGCCAGAUUCGUUGCUGGUUAAUGGAGUUGGCCAUUUUGAAUGCUCCAUGGCCGUUCCUGCUCGCCCCGUCGACUGUAUUACGCAGCUGCCCAACACCCCAUUCCUGGAUCUUGAUCCGGACACGGCCUAUCGGAUCCGUGUCGUAAACACUGGUGCCCUGGCAGGGUUCUCACUCGUAUUCGACCAGGAGAAUAUAAAUCUCAUUCAGGCCGACAGCGUUGAUGUUGAGCGCUACCAACAAGAAGAUGUCAAUUCUGCGGGCGUCUUAUACCCCGGCCAGCGCAUGGACUUCGUUCUCCGUACUUCAUCUCACCAAGAAUCGUCUUCCUCCAUGAUGGUGCAACUGGACCAAGGAUGCUUCAAGUACAUGAAUCCUGCUUUAAUGCCAGAUCAAACCUUCGCCAUCCGUUACCGCUCUGCAUCUAUUCCCAAUACAGACCAGGUCCCUGUACCUAAAGUACGAAACCACAUUAACCUCGAGGAUGUACCCUCAGCCCCCUCCAUCCUUCAGAGCCUACCUCCCAAGGCCCAACAAACACACGUCGUCUACACCAAAAUCCAGAUAAUGGCCCGUAAUAGCAACAUCCCCGAAGGCUAUUUUAACCAGACUACGUGGAAGCCCCAGAGUGACCCACCUGCACCACUGAUCGGUCUCCCGCGAGAGCGCUGGGACUAUAAUCAGUUGGCGUUCUCAACCGGCCCCGAGGCUGUAUGGGUGGACCUAGUCGUAAACAAUCUCGACGAGGGCCCCCACCCCUUUCAUCUGCACGGACACCACUUCUAUAUCCUAACCGUACAACAAUCCUCCUACGGCUGGGGCUCCUACGACCCCUUCAUCGACCCCUACCCACCGGGCCUGGAGCCAGACCCAAAUUCCGAUCCCGAAACACAACACUCAACCCAAGAAGGCCCCUCCUUCCAACCGUACGAUCUCUCUCGCGCCACCCUUCGCGAUACAGUCCAGAUUCCCAGUCGCGGGUACGCCGUGCUUCGCUUCCGCGCCGACAAUCCUGGCGUGUGGCUGUUCCACUGCCAUAUUUUGUGGCAUUCUGCGACGGGUAUGGCGAUGCUGGUCAAUGUCAUGGGCGACCCGGCAGGCCGCGUUCCGCAUGAUGUGUCGAUGCUGUCGGCUGGCGGUGGACUAUGUUCGGUUUGA